CACCACCGCACUCAUUGACACAGCUCACCACCACAGCACGUACAGCGCCCAGUGUAGUUGCUAGCUAAACUGCCAAGAUGUCGCACGCAGUCGUUAUAACGCGGACAACAACCACCACAACGAGUAACUCGCACGUCAUUCUCAACACCGGCUAUCUGAGAACGACGCCCGGCCUACUGAAGCUUGCUCAAUUGAUCAUCGGCGCCGUCAAUGUGGGACUGGUCGCGUGGCAUCUGCGUCGCUAUCACUCCGUUUAUGCUAGCGGUAAUCCGGAACUGUUCUUCCUGCUGAUGGCCGUUGCCUUCCUAAUUGGAACGUUCUGUCUGUUAGCUUCUUGUUUGGUGUCACUCAGCACCGGUGGAAUUAUUUCGAAAACUAUUUACGAAUUAGUCUAUCACACCAUUGCUUUCUUGCUGUAUCUGAUAGCGUCCAUCAUUCUGCUGGUUGAUGUCACCAACGGAAGAUACUACUCGAAUCUCAAGGAUGCCUAUAUGGCGGCUGCUAUCAUGGGAAUAAUCGUGUCCGCACUCUACCUCUUCAGCGCCCUACUGGCUCAACGAUCCUACCGAGGAAUCUAAAUGGUUGCACACCACCACCGUGUGCAGCUGAAAAAUUACGUCUUCAAACUCUCAUUAGCCGAGUCAGCUUUUAUAAUUCAUCGCCCAUUGUGGGCCGGUAGCUUAAGGCAGUGUACUAUUUAUGGUAACUUAUAAUCCGUCUUUUAAAAGUCAACGCAACAACAAUACCCAAACUAUAGUGACUUAAAUGGAAAACUAGGUGUACUCUGGCUUUAGUGUUCUAUGAAAUACAAGAAAAUGUGUGCCUACUGUAGAAUAUAUACUAUAACUACAAGCUUUUUACAAAUUUUAAGAGUUAUUAUUUAGAAGGAGUUUUUUUUUAAUCUGAAGGUGGUAUUUUAUAUUGUAAUAUAAGGUAUGCAUUUUAACUGCCAGUGAAGUGAUUAGAAACAUCACUUUGCGUAGAACCUUGAAAGGCAAUUGAAUAGUUACUGGCCAAUAAUUGAACAGGGAACAGUGAAAAUUGAUUCAAUCUGCACAAUUUUGUCCGUUCGUUGGAGAUUUGCUUUUGUAUCUAUGUUUACUAUAAGAAAUAAAUGUUUUAAUAAUAUCCGAAAGUA